AUGAGUCAAUGGUUCUAUCAGUAUUGGAUGGAGUGCCAGGUGUGUAGAAAUUGUUAGGCUCCUGUAUUGAACGAUAACAGAUGGUGACCAUGUACGCCGGCCAAACGUUAGGGAAAUAUUACUUAAAUAUGGUAUCAUCAGGUGCUUCUCUUAGGGAACGAAGGGAAACAGUACGCAAGAUAAUGUUAAACUUACACAAAACAGUGGUAGAAGUCAUCAGCAGGGGAUACGUGAACAAUGAUAUUAAAGAAGAUAAUAUCUGCGUAUGCCAGAACACUGGAAAAGUGACUUUAAUUGAUUUUGGUUUGGCCACCAAAGUAGGAGAAGCAAUGAAUACCAGCAUGUUCGCCGAAAAUCAUUUCUGGUUUGCUCCUGAGGUACGCCAGGGCAAGCCGUGCACUGAGGCCAGUGAAGUGUUCAGCCUCGGAGCACUCUGGAACACUUUCCCAAAAACCAUAUUUAGUAAAAAAGUGAAUGAGUGGAUCUAGACUUCGCAGUCGAAGGAUGCGCAGAGGAGGCCUACCAACUAAGAUCUAAUAGCGAUUCUCGAAAGAUAAAUAAAGCGGUUGGAAAAUAGAAUGAAAUAUGAAAUGCCAGAGUAAAGGCUGUCUAUACCGAGGUCUACAUCAUCAUCUUCACUAUCACCACCAAGGAGACACAGGUUGACGAAAAGAAUUCCUAAGUAGCGAAAGUCCUCAUCCCCAGAAUAGAUCAAGAGGACCAAGUCACCUACUAUCACAGCAUCGCAUGAGUGGUGGGAGAGGAACUUAAACUUAGUGUGUUCGUCCUCUUCACCUGUUCUUGAACCCGCAGAAGAUCACUGGAGGAAUUCAUCCUCCUCCUGUGAUUAUCGCAGGACACCGUCUCCAGAGUGGUAUUUAGAGUCCUUGGACCCAUUCACUGAUAUACUUAUACAGCCAAAACCAAAAAAACGGAAAAAGAAGACAAAGGCACCUUUGUUUUAACCAAAGGAACGGAAGAGAAAGAUCAUUUCUUCUUCGUCUUCCCCCAGUCCUCCAGCACCGCCAAGAAAGAGACAAAACAGGUCUUUGGCUUCCCGGAAGCAAAGACUUCCAGCACGGAAGGAGGGCUUAAAAAGACCUUUGUCUUCUCCAUCCCUAUCACCAGAAGUGAAGAGUAAAAAAAUGGCUUCCUUAACUUCACCACCACCAGAAGCACUAUCAUCCUCAUCAGUAUCAUCACCAGAAGAUAAGAAGGUGUCUUCAUCUUCACAUCAAGAUAUGAUGACUUCUUUGUUCUCAUCCCAAGAUAUGAUUUCUCUAUCACCACAAUCUGAGAAGAAAGUUUCUUCGUCUACGUCUUCAGAGAUGUCUUCUCCAUCGCUAGAAGUUAAGAAGAAAGUGUCUUCAUCUUCGAGUUCUUCAAGCAGCGGUGUAGUUAUGCUCAUCAGACCACAUUACUGGAUAUAAUCUUAUCUCGGAUUCUGUUCAACACCCUCCUACUCCUCCUUCGCCUCAUUAUCCUUCUCAUUAUCCUCCCCCUCCUCAUUAUCCUUCUCCUCCUCCUCCUCCUCCUCCUUCUCCUCCUCCUCGUCAUCAUCAUCAUCAUCAUCAUCAUCAGGAGAAAAGACGAUAGUACAGUUAUCGCCUUCACCUCAUUAUAUGUCUUCUCCAUCACCAGGUCAGAAGAAACUGUCAUCACCUGAAUAUAUGAUAUUUUCUCCAUCACCAGGUCAGAAGAAACUGUCAUCACCUGAAUAUAUGAUGUAUUCUCCACCACCAGGUCAGAAGAAACUGUCAUCACCUGAAUAUAUGAUAUUUUCUCCACCACCAGGUCAGAAGAAACUGUCAUCACCUGAAUAUAUGAUGUAUUCUCCACCACCAGGUCAGAAGAAACUGUCAUCACCUGAAUAUAUGAUGUAUUCUCCACCACCAGGUCAGAAGAAACUGUCAUCAUCUGAAUAUAUAUCUUCUCCACCACCAGGUCAGAAGAAACUGUCAUCACCUGAAUAUAUGAUGUUUUCUCCACCACCAGGUCAGAAGAAACUGUCAUCUUCACCUGAAUAUAUGUCUUCUCCUUUACCAGUUCAGAAGAAAUAGUCUUCUUUGAAUUCCCGUAAGUCAGUACCCAAACUACAACAGUAGGGCACAAAAAGGCUUUUGUCUUCACCAUCACCAUCACCUUUUAAGGCGAAGAAAACUAAAAUGUCUCCACCUCUUUUCUCGGGACCCAGAAAACUGAAGAGAAAGGCUUAGCCCCAUCUUGAAGAAGAUAGCAGUGAGUGAGUGGAGAGGUGUGAGUGAGGUGAUGGAUCAGCGUAGUUGAUGGAUCAGAGUAGUUGAUGGAUCAGAGUAGUGAUGGAUCAGAGUAGUGAUGGAUCAGAGUAGUGAUGGAUCAGAGUAGUAAAUGGAUCAGAGUAGUGAUGGAUCAGAGUAGUGAUGGAUCAGAGUAGUGAUGGAUCAGAGUAUUGAUGGAUCAGAGUAUUGAUGGAUCAGAGUAGUGAUGGAUCAGAGUAGUGAUGGAUCAGAGUAGUGAUGGAUCAGAGUAGUGAUGGAUCAGAGUAGUGAUGGAUCAGAGUAUUGAUGGAUCAGAGUAGUGAUGGAUCAGAGUAGUUGAUGGAUCAGAGUAGUGAUGGAUCAGAGUAGUGAUGGAUCAGAGUAGUGAUGGAUCAGAGUAGUGAUGGAUCAGAGUAGUGAUGGAUCAGAGUACUGAUGGAUCAGAGUACUGAUGGAUCAGAGUAGUGAUGGAUCAGAGUAGUGAUGGAUCAGAGUAUUGAUGGAUCAGAGUAGUUGAUGGAUCAGAGUAGUGAUGGAUCAGAGUAGUGAUGGAUCAGAGUAGUGAUGGAUCAGAGUAGUGAUGGAUCAGAGUAGUGAUGGAUCAGAGUAGUGAUGGAUCAGAGUAUUAUUAUUAUUAUUAUUAUUAUUAUUAUUAUUAUUAUUAUUAUUAUUAUUAUUAUUAUUAUUAUUAUUAUUAUUAUUAUUAUUAUUAUUAUUAUUAUUAAGGAGAAUGGCCCA